AUGUACCACGCAGACGAGCGACCGACGACAGACGAGGAGAGCGAGUUCUUUGGCACGUCGAAAGUUUCGUGGGACGUAAAGCCUUACAGUCCGGGUUUUGACCUUGCAGAGAUCGAUUUUCUGCAGGACCUGGGCCAGGCAGGCAAGUCACAGGAUUGCGCCACGAGUCACCCGGCAGCAAGUCUGACUGAGCUUCUUGGAAAUUGUGCCUACCUGGUCGGGUUUUCUGGGCUGCAAUUAGCGGGGAACACAGUCCAAUGCGCCUCCGCUUUGCUUGGUCUGACAGAGGAUAGUCCAGCUUUACGGAGUACCGCGGGUCGUGCGGACGGUCUUUUUCCCAGUCUGUGGCUCUCUUUGUACACCAUGUCGAAAACGGCGGGACUCGCCGGCGACGCA